UCAUUCAUAAUUUUAUUGAUGUACUGUCUGUUUCUAAUUCAAAUUCUGCUGGAUAGUCAGUGUAUGCGUUACUGAUUUUUAAAAGGUAUAAUGAUUCUAAUACACCUAAAAAUGCUAUUACUGCAAUUUGUCAAAGGUAAUAAUUUGUGAUAAAGGAAAUGCACUAUGAAUCACUUAGAAUCAAAUGUUAUAAAAGCCACAAAAGAUUUCUGAGGACACAAAAUUAUGGCCAAGGGGCAUAUUAGGGACCUUCCUUCUAUCUAUCUAUCUAUCUAUCUAUCUAUCUAUCUAUCUAUCUAUCUAUCUAUCUACUGGCCAUUUUAUCCAAUACACCUACCAUAUAUACUCACUGGCCACUUUAUUAGGUACACCCAUGCACCUGCUGUUUAUUCAGUUCUCUAAUCAGCUAAUCCCCUGACAGCAGCACAAUGCAUCAAAUCACGCAGAUAAAAAUCAACAGCUUCAGUUAAUGUUGACUUCAAACAUCAGAAUGGGAAGGAAGGAUAGCCGGUGAACUGGCGACAGGGUCAUGGGUGUUGCAGGCUCAUUGAUUCGCAUGGGGUACGAAGGACAGCCCGUAUGGUCCAGUCCCACAGAAGAGCGACUGUAGCACAAACUGGCUAAAACAGAAAGGUGUCAGCAUGAACUUUUUCAGCAGUUUGUGCUACAGGACCUCUUCUGUGGGACUGGGCCAUAUAUGCGAAUCAAUGAACUUUCAACACCCAUGACCCUGUCACAGGUUCACCCUUUGUCCUUCCUUGGACCACUUUUGGUAGGUACUAACCACUGCAUACCAGGAACACCCGACAAGAUAUGCUGUUUUGGAGAUGCUGAGACCCAGUCAUCUAACCAUCACAAUUUGCUCGUAUCAGAGUCAAUCAGAUCCUUCCGCUUGCCCAUUUUUCCUGCUUCCAACACAUCAGCUUCAAGAACUGACUGCUACCCAUUGAAUAGAUAGAAUGCCUUUAUUGUCACUGCACAAAAGUGCAACGAAAUUUAGUUCAUCACAGGAGAGCAAAGCCGCUGCAUACAUACGUGCCACCACUCUUGGGCACUUCAGCCCUAUGUUAACCUAACUGCAUGCCUUUGGACUGUGGGGGAAACUGGAGUACCCGGAGGAAACCCACGGGGAGAACAUGCAAACUCUACACUACCGUUCAAAAGUUUGGGGUCACCCAGACAAUUUUGUGUUUUCCAUGAAAAGUCACACUUUUAUUUACCACCAUAAGUUGUAAAAUGAAUAGAAAAUAUAGUCAAGACAUUUUUCUGGCCAUUUUGAGCAUUUAAUCGACCCCACAAAUGUGAUGCUCCAGAAACUCAAUCUGCUCAAAGGAAGGUCAGUUUUAUAGCUUCUCUAAAGAGCUAAACUGUUUUCAGCUGUGCUAACAUGAUUGUACAAGGGUUUUCUAAUCAUCCAUUAGCCUUCUGAGGCAAUGAGCAAACACAUUGUACCAUUAGAACACUGGAGUGAGAGUUGCUGGAAAUGGGCCUCUAUACACCUAUGGAGAUAUUGCACCAAAAACCAGACAUUUGCAGCUAGAAUAGUCAUUUAGCACAUUACCAAUGUAUAGACUGUAUUUCUGAUUAUUCAUUCAUUAUCUCUAGCCACUUUAUCCUUCUACAGGGUCGCAGGCAAGCUGGAGCCUAUCCCAGCUGACUACGGGCGAGAGGCGGGGUACACCCUGGACAAGUCGCCAGGUCAUCACAGGGCUGACACAUAGACACAGACAACCAUUCACACUCACACCUACGGUCAAUUUAGAGUCACCAGUUAACCUAACCUGCAUGUCUUUGGACUGUGGGGGAAACCAGAGCACCCGGAGGAAACCCACGGGGAGAACAUCCAAACUCCGCACAGAAAGGCCCUCACCGGCCCCGGGGCUCGAACCCAGAACCUUCUUGCUGUGAGGCGACAGCGCUAACCACUACACCACCGUGCCACCCAGUAUUUCUGAUUAGUUUAAAGUAAUCUUCAUUGAAAAGAACAGUGCUUUUCUUUCAAAAAUAAGGACAUUUCAAAGUGACCCCAAACUUUUGGACGGUAGUGUACACAGAAAGGCCCCUGGGCUCGAACCCAGAACCUUCUUGCUGUGAGGCGACAGUGCUAACCACUACACCACAGGCGCUAUUAUAAUGAAACAAUCAAUGAUAUUCACUUCUUCACCUGUCAGUGGUCAUGAUGUCAUGGCUGAUCUGUGUAUCAUAAUUCCUGAUUAUUUGACCAAAUAAAAUGUCAUUCCAGUGAAAAGAGCAUGCUGCUGCCUGUAGAUGCUGCUGUGUCGCAGCAGACCUCUGUGCGUGUGUGUGUGCGUGCGUAUGCGCGCAAGUGUGUAUCCAUCUCGAGCCGCACAGCCUUCAACCUGAAUCAUAGCAGAAGGGGGGAAAAUGGACGGAGUGGGGUCUUUCGGCGCUGGAAGAGCUGGGGCUGAAUUCGACCCCAUCUCUUUUCUCCACCAGCCGCAGACCCUUCUCAGGAUAUUAGCAUGGAUUUUCUCAAUGGUGGUAUUUGGCUCCAUAAUAAAUGAAGGCUACAUAAACAUCAGAAGCGAGACACUCCAUUGUGUUUUCAACAAGAACAAUGAUGUCUGCAAUUAUGGUAUCACCAUUGGGCUCAUAGCCUUUUUGGCAUGCAUCUUCUUUUUUGUCCUUGACAUGAAGUUCCAACAAAUCAGCAGUGUUAAAGACAGGAAGAAGGCAGUCUUGCUGGAGAUUGGAUUUUCAGGCUUAUGGACAUUCCUGUGGUUUGUUGGUUUCUGUUUCUUGGCUAACCAGUGGCAACGUACCACAUCAGACAAGCUGCCACUGAACCAGGGAGCUGAUGCAGCCAGAGCUGCCAUAGCCUUCUCCUUCUUCUCCAUCUUCACCUGGGCUGGUCUGACUGUGAGGGCAGUGCAGAAGUAUCUUCUGGGAACGGACAUGUCCCUCUUCACUACAGAACAUCUGGAUGGCAACCAGCCUAUCCAGCCAUACCCCACCAUUCCUGGCACAGAGACCAAUGACGCAUACCAGAGCCCACCUUUCACCGAGAAACCAGACUCCAACGCCCCGACUUACCAGGUACCGAUUUACUAGAGGUGCCAAUCAGGAUCCAUGUGCAAUGUAACUGAUCUGUCAAAGAUAUUAUGAAUGCAGGAAAAGGCUCUGGCCGUUCUUCAAGCUGACGUGGUGUGUCAGUGUUCGUAGGUAGUGCUGUGCUGUGACCUUCUGUACAAGAGUUUGUCGAUUGUGACUUUUUAUUUAAUUUGGGUCUAUAUGGAUAGUUAAACAUUAAUUUAUCAGGUUGAAUUGGAGGGAAAUUAAAUAAAAGACAUCGCUUCUAUGUAUGACAGGACAGGAUCUAUUCUGGCCCUUCUAGGUCACCAAGACAAGGAAAAGUCAGCUACGUUUUUAAGAAAUAACAGGAGAACCUAAAAGCAGCACAUGAUUAAAACAUCAGCGCUGUUUAACCUAUGGGAAAGAAAAAUAUGCAUGUACAACAUAUUCAGAAAACGUUUAACUGUCAUGCAUCAAAGAUAACUUGAAACAUUACACUGAGUGUUUGUGUGUGGAGAUAUGAAGUGCAAUAUUUAAAUCAAGUAUGAAAGUAGUUAAUUUCAGAUUAUAUUAAAACAUGUUUACCAGUUACAACCUGCCAAAUUGUAUGUUAGCGUGCAGUCUUGCUCAAAUGGAGAUGCCAUUCUUCUGUGCUGAAGACAUCGUUAUCUCAAGCAACAUGUCAAUUCAGUUUAAUUUAGAGAAGGCAGUGAAAGUAUUUGCAUCUGCAUCAAGAAUGCAGUGUUCAGUGUUUGUUCAAGUGUACUGUACUCGGUGUGUACUACAGAUAGUAUAACCAUGAAAAUAAAGGUUUAAAUCAUGUAACUGAAGCGAAAUAAUGAAGCAAGCGACUCAUUUGUUAAAAUAAACUUACCUGCCGAAGAGAAAACGUGUACACAAUAAAACUGCCAUUAAGAAAGGCUCAGUUUGCCACGAUGAAAACGAUCACACACGAUCAUGUUAAUAAAAGCAGAGCUAAAAUAAAAUCCUUUUGGCAUAAAGAGUCAUAGGAAAAGAUCUUACUCUAAAACACAAAGUCUUGCUAAACAGUAAGGAAUAAAUUAAAACAUGAACUGGACAGUGCUGUAGUUUGUUUUUAAGUUGUUAAAAUGUUGUGAAAACGUUCAGUGCUUCGUCUGAUAUGUAGUAAGAUAUCACUAAUGUCUGUGUUCUCAGAUAGGGAAGCCUACAAAAUGAUACUGACUGUAAUUCAAUACAUGAUGUAAACGGAGUGUGUUUGUGAAAGUGUCAGGGUUUUUUGUGAUUCCUGUACUAACACUUUAAAAAUAAAAAUACACAACUUGAUGGACCAUUGCUUCCAUAA